AUGGCCCGGCUUAACCUCGAAUGUCUCAUGAACGACGUUGAUGUCAAGGGAGCCAUCAAGCGCGACGAGCUGGAGGAGCUCGCCGUUCCGCUCGUCGAGCGGAUCCAUGCAGUCUGCGAAAAGGCCAUUGCAGACGCGGGGCUCAAGCCGGAUGAGCACCUCGCCGCAGUCGAAAUCGUUGGCGGCAGCACUCGUGUCCCAGCGUUCAAGGCAGCUAUCACAGACGCCUUCGCCAAGGUCGGCGCGCCUAUCCGCACCACGCUCAACGCGGACGAGUGCAUUGCACGUGGAUGUGCCCUCAUGUCGGCCAUGCUCUCUCCGGCGUUCAAAGUGCGCGACGGCAACCUUAUCCCCUGUCUCAAGGCCAUGACCUUCAAGUCACCGGGACCGCUCACCAUCAAUGUUCGCUACAGCGACCCUACCACCCUCCCUGUUGGCGAGGAGGCCGCCCAGAUAUGCAGCUAUCUUGUCGAUGCGCCGUUAGACCCGGAAGCAAAGGUUCGUACCAAGAUUCGUGUCACUGCGAAUGGUACGGUCGAGGUGGCCAGUGCUCAGCUAAUGAAGGAGGUCGAGGUGGAAGAAGAGGUGUCGGUCGAGAAGGUUGAAGAGAAGCCGAAUGGCACCACCACUGCGGAAACUGCCAACGGUGCUCCUGCUUCGGAUACCCCCAUGACGGACGCUCCUGCCGACGGAAUUGCCAAGACUGAUGGCACGCCUGACGGCAAGCCGGAAGAACCAGCGGCUCAGGCAGCUCCAGCGGUCCCUCCGGCUCCAGCGGCGGAACCGGCUAAGGAAGAGCCUCCAGCGACGGAGAAGCGUCUGGUCAAGAAGAUUAAGUCCUCCGAUCUGGGGUUGACCAGACUCCCCGGCAUUGGACAUGGAAUGACCACUGAACUGGUUAUGGCCGCCACCGAGGAGGAGGCCAAGAUGAGGGCAAAUGACCUGUACAUUAGGGAGCGGUCUGAGGCGAUGAACUCGCUGGAAGCGUAUGUGUAUGACCUUCGCAAUCGCAUUGAUCCGUACGGUGGGGAUCUGAAGGACUUUGGAUCUGAUGAGGUACGGAACACGCUCAAAGCGGACCUGGAUAACACGGAAGAGUGGAUCUAUUCGGAAGAAGCUGAGGCCGCGUCGAAAAUCGCUUUCGUGCAGAAGAAGAACGAGCUUGUGGAGAAGGCCAGCAAGCUCUUUUAUCGGAAGAAGGAAUUCGAGGAGAGGCCUGUUCGAGUCAGUGUUUUGGAGACUUCGAUCUAAAACUAUAAGCAGAUUGCCGUGCCAGGAGCGGAAGAGUACGCACACAUCUCUGACGAAGACAAGAACAAAGUUUUGAAAUGCGCGGAGAGCACAUAUGUUUGGCUUAAGGAGCAGCUGACAAAGCAAGAACCUCUGCCCAAGGACCAAGAUCCUGUUUUGAUCUGUGCCGAUCUUAACGAGAAACUCACCGAAUUGGACAAGGUGUGCCGACCAAUUCAGAACACACCGAAACCGAAACCGAAAGUCGAAGAGAAGCCCGAAGAGAAGAAGGCCGAUGAGAAGGACGGAGAGAAGAUGGACGAGACUCCCGUAGAACCGCAGCCCAACGGGCCGGGUGCCGAAGAGAUGGAUGGGGAAGCGAACGGGAAAGCUGCUGAGGAACCGAAAGUGACUGAGGAACCGAAAGUGACUGGGGAUGACAUGGAAGUGGAGAAGGGGAAAGUAGCGCCGGCUACAGGAAAGGCAUAGAGGCAACGUACUGUGUAGAAUACUGUGGCCUGACGCGUUAAAACCACUUUUAAUGCCGAAGACUGGUGUGCUCUGUUACAUGCGGAUACCACUAUCGAGCUGGUUAUCUCAUCAUUAGCAGUCAGAGCGAAAUGUUGUGAUCACCAACAUCAACGAGAAAGCAAACCUUUUACGAACUAUCCUUGAUGCGUUCUUCGCAUGGAUCGUUUUACGGGUGUUACCCUCUGAUGACCUGAUGCCGUAUUGCAACUGGCCUCCUAGUAGAUCUUAAUACAGCCCAUGACAACAAGUGGAAGAGCUGGGUCACAUAUUAAUUGUCCCUCUUUGGAAGCAAUCUCGUUUUGCUGGUCACCAUUUCCUGUUAUCCCUGUGACACCUUAAGUGCUAGUUCACAUUAACGACUCUGGUAGCCUUUGCUCUCAUGCGAUGGAUAGAAUUGAUUCACAAUAAAAUGGCAAGGCGCUUUGUUGCAACUAAGAAAA